CAGAAGUCCAAAGAGAUUUUAAUUCAUUUAGGAUAAAAAUCAAAAGGCAUGACAUAAUGGCUUCAGAACCCUCUCGACCACUACAAAGAAGCCUAGAUGAUCCCACACAACUUGUUAUCCAUAGGCCAGGUUGUACUUAUCAUUGUUUCAAAUGAAAAUGGCAAAUUGCAAAUUUUGCCAGUUAUCACAACUCUUUGUGACAAGAUUGGAAAUAAGUAAAUGUAUUUUCAGCACUUCACUUUUUCGAAAUUGUUGAAUAUCAUAAUUUGAGUAAAAACUUUCUUAAAAAAUAUUAGGUAAUGGAAAAUUUAUUAUUAAUUAGAAGUAAAGUAUCACAUAGAUUAUUUAUCAAUGUUUUAUUAUUUAACACUUAACAUUUUUAUUUCAACAAAAUUAAUAAAUCAAUUUCUAAUAUAGUUUCUAUUGAGUUUUAGCUUAUUUCCAAUUCAUUCUAUAAUCCUGCAAUUAAUAAUUCAUUUGAACUUUUAAUCCUAAUAUUUUAUUAUUAAAAGCACAGAUGUGGCUUUGAUCUUAGUUCUGUGUGUUCACAUUUAUCAUAAUUGAAUGUAUUAUUACAUUAAUGCUACAUCUGUGCUUAUACAAGUCAGUUUAACCAUUAGCUUCACAGCAAUGUGAAUAAAAGAAGAACGUUCUAGAAGAUUGAAGAUUCAUCUCGUCAACAAUAUUUUAAAAUUUAUUAAAUUCAUAAAAUAUAAUUUUUAGACAGACUAGAUAUUUUAAUAUAUAUUAUAAUCAUAAAAUACAAUUAUUAAACUGACAAUUAGAUUAAUUUAAAAUUAAUAAAAAGAAGACUGAAGAAGAAGUGAAUACAUCAGCAAGAAGAAAGAAGAAUCAAGAUAAAGAAGGCGACAUGAACAACGGCUAUGAAGAUAUAUUGGAAUACUAAUUAUUAAAAAAUCCGUCCCUUGUAAUUCAUGAGUAAUUAAAGUAAAGUCAAUUAUUCUUUAAAAAUUAAAAAAAAUUAGUAAAAGUUUCUUAAUAUAGUUGAUAAAGCAUAAAAUAAAACAUUUUAAGUAUUCAUUCAUUGAUUCCAGAUUUACAUGGGAUUAGUUGAAGAAUAUUGUAUGAAGAUUUAAACCAUACAUACGGCUUUUUUGGGAGAUUCAAUAAGUAAAUAAAUGAAGAAAACAGCUUCUAGCGAGGAUCAGACUACACAUAAAAAUUAACUGGGAAUAAGUAUUCAAACAUGGAAGAAAGAAGAAGAUAUACAACAAUUAAAUUGCAUGCAGUUCUUUCAUUUCUUUUAAAUUUUGAUUAAAAUAUCUAAUGUAAUUUCUUAACAAUUAGUAAAGUAGUAUUAGUAAUAAAUAACUUUUAUUGUAAAUGGCAAGCCGAAAUUUUGAAGAUUUAAGAAGACAGAAGCAAGAAGAAAAUAAGAAGAUAAAGAAGAUGGUCAACGUCAUUGAAAUAGUUCUAAGUUUUCCAUAAUGUAUCAUUUGCAGGAGUUUAUAAGGAUAUAUUACGCAAUCUUUGUGUAAACGGUUAAAUAUUGUUUAUUUCAUUUUUUUAAAUCGCAUCUAUUCGUAAUUUAUGAAAUUACAGGAAGCCACGUAGGUUUCCAUCCCUCAAGCAGUGAUUACUCUGAAACAAAUCAUGGUUUACAGGUGAGGGAACUAAACCGAUCUUUGACAGAGACGAUGUGUUGUGCAACGAAGUGGACUACGAUGAAGAUUGGCGACCGCAGUGUGCCAGCGUCGAACCCACUCGCAUGGUUUACAAGAGUCCGACACGAAACUCGAACAGUCCCUACCGUCGCGAGACGCGAAGUCAAUCAAGCGACAGUGGCACAAGUGAGACGAGUCCGCAGAGGCACAGGUCGCGCGACAACCGACGCACCAGGUCAAGUUCCAAGUCUUGUGAUUACAGGAAGGGGGGAUACAGAAAGGACUCGCGCGAGCGGGAAUUCCCGCCGUUGACGGCCGAGUACUACAGACCGAAGAAAGGUGAAAUUAGGCGGAGGUCGUGGUCGCGCACACCUCCCAGGAAGCCGGGCGAGUAUGGCAGGAACGGUGAGAACCGUCGUUCGCCCGAUAAGUUUUACUCGGAACACAGACACAAGAAUUCGGGCAUUCGCCGAUCGAGGUCCAGAAGUCGGGAGUAUUCGUCCGAUAAGUACCGUAAAUACAGUAGAUCACCGCGGAGAAAACACCUAGACGGUCCCAGAAGAUCACCGUCCGGGAGCAGAUCCAGAAGAUACAGCGAUGGUAGAAAAAGAAGUGCCUCACCAAGAUAUGAAGGCUCAUACAAAAAAGAAAGAAAACAUUCCGUUUCACCUUCCAGGUCUCAUGAAAUUCGUAAAGGAUCGCACGAUAGAUACAGGGGAGAUAGUAGGUCACCACAUAGACAUAGUUACAAAAGACACGACAGAUACAGAUCGAGAUCGCCCAAUCCACCCGGCAAAUCUUUCGAUAGACCGUCAACAAGUAGAAGGAGUAGAUCACCCAAAUCUUCGAAUAGGAGAAGCAGGUCACCCAAACAUUACAGCAAAGGUGGAGAUAGGUCACCUCAUAAAAUACCUGCGGGAUAUCCACCUUAUUUUGAGGCACCGGAGUUUUGGUUCCCCGGACCAAUAUUGCCGAUCAGACCGAUGUUUCCGGGUAAUCCAUAUGCUCAUCCAGUUCCUGGGCCACGUGUUAUGUAUCAUCCUGGCGUGCGGGUAAUGGGUUAUCCUCCAUACAGGGCUCGAUUGCCCAAUUACAACAGUCAUAAAACCAUCAUUAAAAAGGAUAAUGUGGCAACAAUAACAUCGGCCCCAUCGGAACCAACGCCGACCGCCACGGGUGAGAGUACGAGUUCUCGAAAUGAUAGUGCGGGUCAAGAAAGCUCCAGUGCUAAUAAAGAGGACGUUACAAAGAAGGAAGAUGGGUCGAAGGAAAAUGCAGAUGAAACUGAGGAUUAUCAGUUCAAUUAAUCACACCGAUUUUGUAUAUUUAUGUAAAUUAUGAACAUAUGAAUUAUAUAAUUUUAAAUAAAUUUAAUAAGUUUUA